AUGGUGAGCUGGCUACAAUUGUUACCCCUCAUCUUCAAGAACAUUAAGAAUGACUUUAUUGCAAACUUUGUCACACGACUCCCACUACUACUAGUGAUUGAUCCUGAUUCAUUUGAACCUCCGUUCACUAAUGGUCUAGAUGAGUUUCUCGAACUAGUCAAUCUAACUAGUGUCGCUGACCUCGAGAAUUUGAAUAUCACUGUGAGUCAAGCAGAUUUGAUAUACUACACCAUCAUCGAUUACGGUAUUAUUAUACUAUCUGUUGUGUUUGCUGGGUUUGAUAUUUUGUACAGUAUGCUACGACUAUGCAUGAGUGCCAUUGUUAUAGGAGGCUUGAUUUCAGUUUUAGCGUUUUGCACAAUCUGGUUGAUAGUGACAAUCACAAGACGAUGGAAAUUGAUCUCAAUGAUUAUUAGAAAUAAUGAGUUUGAAGGUGUGUGGUGA